AUGCAGCUCUGUAAAAGUGUAUUGCUUUACACGAUAUUAUGUAUUGCCAUCCUCUUUAGUGAACUUUCUUGUUUAUCACACUCGAAGGAAUCAGAUUUAAAUGAUCCCAACCUAGCAAAGCGCCAAACAGACCAAUCUCCUACAUCUAGCUCAGGAUCAACAGGUCACCCGCAUUCUUUACUAGAGCAAUACAAGAAAAGCAAAUCGUCAACAUCACCUCUUUCUUCUUCUUCUUCAUCAUCUAGCACAGUACUAACAGGUUCUCCGCCUUCUUUAUCAGAGCAAAACAAGAAACGCAAAUGGUCAACAACAUCUCUUUCUGAGACAGAUCGGAAUGCCCUUAAGGCAGCAGAAGCAUUUCUGAAUGAUGAUCAUAUGUCCCUCGAACAGGCGUUGAAAAAACAUAUGACGAAGCGCGAGCCUAAACUUUUUACCAAUGAAGUUCUACAUCGAAGCAAAGUUCAUGGAAGACCAGCUGGCUAUGAGUCUGUGAAACAAACAGCAGCACGACACGCAGAAUCAGUACUACGAUCGGGCAAACAUACAGAAGAAGAGGCAAGAAAGAUAGGACAAGCAAUGGUCGACCGAAAGAAUCAGCGCAGGGUUGAUCGAAGGGCAUAUUGGAUAAAUAUGGCAAAUACAGAUCCUUCACAGGUACGUCAUCAACAUGAGAAUGUUCCUCUUCGACUUUCAAAGCAUCAUUAUGUAGCCCUUAGAUCUCAUCAGCUAGAUUAUCAAGGGAAGGCUGAAAAUAUGCACGUGGCCAAGAAGAUGGCAGAGGAAGAAACUGAAAAGGCUCACGCUCGGAAAAGUGAUAGAGAACGUAAUCGGAGAGCAAAGCUUAAGCAAAAGAGGCUAGGCCAAAGCUAGUUCUCUUUCACAUUCCAUUCCUUCUUGCACAUCUGUCAGCUAUUUCAUAACUUUUUAAUAAACUAUAGUAUCCACGACUAGAUUCUCUAUCACUUAGGAGACUGUUAAUGCAAAAGGUACAUUCUCAUCAACCUCUAUAGCCUAAUGAUAUAAGGUACUGCAAUUGCCAAUUUCGUAAUCUUGGACGGAGAGAAGCCAAUAAGGAAGAGCACGAUCGCUUUCAAAUGCA